AACACUGACAUAAAGGUGUCAAUUGUUGGUGAAACUCACUACUGGGGACAGGUGAAGGUAUGGUUGCAGGAGAAGAAGUGGCCAUGGAGGAAGAGGAAGACAGUCAGACCUCUAGUGCUACGGCACUCGCUAACCGACAGCCUCAGCAGCAGCAGUAGUGAGAAUGAACUUGACCCAAUUCUCUAGAAUGCUCCACCUGUCGCUCGCUA